AUGAAUGAAAUUUAUUGUAUUAUUAAGAAAUUUCUAAAUAUACUGAAAGUACAGCUGGAAGCAUUAUCAAAUAAAAAGGAAAGAAGUGUUGAUUUAAAGUUUAUUAAACAGGAUGUAUAAAAAUAGGAAAAGAAUUUGUUUUUGCAAAAGAUAAACCUUUAUGCUCAACUAUUUAGAAAUAACAUAACGUGUGUUAGAUAUAAUGGUUCAGAUGAAGUGUGUGAAGCCGAUGUUGGUGGCUCUAAAUGUAGGGCUAGAAUAUGUGAAAAUGGUGCAUUUAAUACUGAGGAAUUUUGCAAAUAGUAGGAUUUGUCUGUCUAACUUAUACCAUGUAAUACAUACAAAGGAUUGCAGCGUCUUAUUCUGCAUAUAUUGGUACUGAUGGAUGUUGUAAGGGAACUGGCACCAUUACAGAAACUUCUUGUUUAGUUUUUGAUGAAGCUCCUGAUUCAACGACAACAGAUGAUGCUUGUAAUAAAUUUUAAAUUGAAUGUGUAACUAACAGGGAAAGAGUGUAUGAUAAAGGCUAGCUUAAAUCUUGCGCAACAUAUGAUGGGAAACUACAAGUUCUUAGUCAAGAAUUGGAUCUGA